GGAAAGGACGUGGAAGCUGCACACAGCCCUGGGUUUGCAGGCGUUUGGAAGUUGUUGAAAUAGGUAAAGGGUUGAAAUCGGCGACUAUUUCUUUAGUUACUUUCAUCAUGGAUGAAUAUAAGGGAAAACCGGGCCACUAAAAAUUUUUUCUGUUUUGCAGUUUGCUGGCAACAGAAGGUAAAACAUGUCUUUGAAGAUAUACAAUUUUACAUAAACAGCUGAUGUUUACGUAAGCCUAGAUAAGUUUGUGAAAAGCACAGAUAGCAGAAGAUGCGGUGUUAGCUGAACUCGGCCAUCCUGCGGUUUGUCCAUGUAAUAAUUUAUCUUGUGUGUGUGUUGUUGCAGCAUAAGAACAAAGUGAGCAGCUGCACCUUUACCAAAGCAACCACCUGCGUUCCUCUUCUCCUCUGGAAUGGACAAUGGGAUGGUCUCUGGCUUUAUCAUGAUCAAAAACUUCUUCCUCUUCUGCGUUUCCAUGAGUUUAGCCAGCCACUUCGGCUUCUCACAAACGCCAACAGCCUCGGGAAAAGAGGACGCCAAUGAUAACAUCACUAUAUUCACCAGGAUCUUGGAUGGUCUGCUGGACGGCUAUGACAACCGACUGCGCCCGGGACUGGGAGAGAGAAUAACUCAGGUGAAAACAGACAUCUAUGUUACCAGCUUUGGUCCUGUGUCAGACACAGAAAUGGAAUACACCAUUGAUGUAUUUUUCCGACAAAGCUGGAAAGACGAAAGGCUGCGAUUCAAAGGACCUAUGCAACGCCUCCCUCUUAACAACCUGCUCGCCAGCAAGAUUUGGACCCCGGACACCUUUUUCCACAAUGGCAAGAAGUCUAUUGCUCACAACAUGACAACCCCAAACAAACUUCUGCGCCUGGAGGAUGACGGCACUCUGCUGUAUACCAUGAGAUUGACCAUCUCUGCUGAAUGUCCCAUGCAGCUUGAAGAUUUCCCCAUGGAUGCACAUGCUUGCCCAUUAAAAUUUGGAAGCUAUGCUUACCCCAACUCUGAAGUGAUCUAUGUGUGGACUAAUAGCACCACAACGUCUGUGGUGGUGGCCGAAGAUGGCUCACGACUUAACCAGUACCACCUGAUGGGACAAACUGUAGGAACGGAAAACAUCAGUACCAGUACAGGUGAAUAUACUAUUAUGACAGCCCAUUUUCAUCUGAAAAGAAAAAUUGGUUAUUUUGUCAUCCAGACGUACCUUCCUUGCAUUAUGACUGUGAUCUUAUCGCAAGUGUCGUUUUGGCUAAACAGAGAAUCUGUCCCUGCUAGGACUGUCUUUGGAGUAACAACAGUUCUCACCAUGACCACCUUAAGUAUCAGUGCCCGUAACUCUUUGCCAAAAGUGGCCUACGCUACUGCAAUGGACUGGUUUAUAGCUGUCUGCUAUGCCUUUGUAUUUUCUGCAUUGAUUGAAUUUGCAACAGUGAACUAUUUCACCAAGAGGAGUUGGGCAUGGGAUGGCAAAAAAGCCCUGGAAGCUGCAAAAAUCAAGAAAAAGGAGCGUGAAUUGCUGGGAAAUAAAUCAACUAAUACUUACAGCACUGGGAAGAUGACCCCUGCACCAAACAUGCCAAAGGACUCAGCCCCAUCUGUCAUCUCAAACACUGCAUCUGCUCCAGUGAAGUCUGCAGAAGAAAAGCCUGCUGAAAGCAAAAAGACUUACAACAGCAUCAGUAAGAUUGACAAAAUGUCCCGAAUAAUUUUUCCAGUGCUGUUUGGAACUUUUAACUUAGUUUACUGGGCCACAUAUUUGAAUAGGGAGCCUGUUAUUAAAGGUGCCAAUUCUCCAAAAUAAACUGAAGGACUCUAAAGCCACAUGUGAGCCAUACUUACAAAGCAGAUGCUACCAAGGAAAAUUUGAGAUCCAGACAACUUUCUACAUUUGGGCAAUAUUCUUCAGGAAGUUUUUUGCAUGUUUAAUAAUAUGUACAAAUAAUAUUGCCUUGAUUGUUUCUACAUGUAACCUCAUGUUUUGGAGACGAUUAUAUUACUUAACAGCAACAGAUCUUUAUAAGAG